AUGUCACCUCUGGAAUGUUCUGAGUGUUUUGGUGACCAACUCCUGCAUAGGACCUAUACCUGGCACUUAACACUGCACUCGAGGCCAAAUAUUACAAGAAAAAGAGACACCAGAUCCGAAAGCCUAGAAAUCCCAAUCAAUGUGGUUCUACCUCAGAGGGGCACAGCCGAGCCUUUCCUGAAGCUCCACAACUCGUACCCCACCCCACGCUGCGCCCGGCAGGCCGCCCUGCCCCGGCUGAGCCGCCGAGUGGUCAGCCAGCACUCGUACCCACUGAAUCGCUUCUCCUCGGUGCCCUUGGACCCCAUGGAGCGCCCCACCUCCCAGGCCGACCUGGAGCUGGAUUACAGCCCUCCGCGAGUACAGCUCAGCGAUGAGAUGUUUGUCUUCCAGGAUGGGCGGUGGGUGAAUGAAAACUGCCGCCUCCAGUCCCCCUACUUCUCUCCGUCCUCCUCUUUCCACCAUAAGCUGCACCACAAGAGACUGGCCAAGGAGUCCCUGCUGCAGGAGGAGAACAAGGCGCUGCGGGAGGAGAGCAAGAGUCUCCGCGAGGAGAACAAGAUCCUGCAGGUCUUCUGGCAGGAACACAAGGCCACACUCGGCCGGGACGAGAGCAGGGCCUCCUCACCACUGCUGCACAAGGACAACGUGGCCCUGGAGGUGGUGAAGAAGGACACGGCCUUGCAAAUGCACCGCAGCAAGGAGAACAGCACCCUUCAGCUGCUCAGGGAGGAGAACAGGGCCCUGCAGCUGCUGCUGGAGCAGAGGAAGGCCUACUGGGUCCAGACGGAGGAGAAGGCAGGUCCCGGGGAGGAGACCAAGCCCGCCCCCUCGCCCCAUGAGGAGCCCCACGUCCCCGGGCUGCUGCCAGACCAGAGCACAGGCCUCUCCUCCCCUUUUGAGGAGUCCAAGGGGCCCCCGAGCCCCCAGGAGGACUCCAAGACGCUCCGGGUCCUGCGCCAGAUGGUCAGCAACCUGUCCGGCUCUUCCGGGGAUGAGGAGGUCAAGGCCGGCUCCGGCCUGCCCGACGGGAGCCAGUCCCUGGAGCUGCUGAGAGAGAUGAACCAGGCGCUGCAGGCCCUGCGGGAGGAGAACCGGCUCCUGCAGGAGGAGAACAGGGCCCUGCACGUGCUUCGCGAGGAGCACAGGAUCUUCCAGGAGGAGAACAAGGCCCUGUGGGAGAACAACAAGCUUAAGCUGCAGCAGAAGCUGGUCAUCGACACGGUGACCGAGGUCACCGCCCGGAUGGAGAUGCUCAUUGAGGAGCUCUACUCCUUCAUGCCUGCCAAGAACAAGGACCCCAAGAAGCCCAGCAGGGUCUGA